UCUUCGCCUCUCUAAACUGGUGCUGCUGUGUGCACGCGCUGAUGAGCGUGCUGCUGGACUCUGGCAGACCACAGGAAGUGACCUAAGCUGUAGUACUCAAGACCUGCUGGGGGACAUGACCCACUCCUGGCCUUCCCAGCAGGCCCCAGGGGGAGGCGGGGCUGAGCGUUUCCUGUACACCUCCAAGGAGGCUAAGCAGCACAGCUCUCAACACAAGCAGGUUCGGGGGACCCCUCACGGGAGGAUGACACAUCCGCACGUGGCUCCGCACAAGUGCAUGCUAGCUGAUGACCUGAAGCUGAGCAGUGAUGAAGAUGAAGGGGACAAGGGCCACCAGCAGAUGACCUCCUGGACCGAUAAUAGCCGGUUAUCGGGACAGCACCACCACACACACCCCCACCCCAACACACACCCCCACGGUCACCCCCACCACACACACGCACACACACACACAACACAUGGCGGGAGGGUGAGACAUUCCAGCCCGGGCUCCUCGUUCUCCGAUUCAUCCAGUGACUCAGACAGCAGCAGCGUUGGUGGUGGUGGUGGAGGCGGCAGCCAGCGUUCCCGCAGCCCGAGCCCAGAGACGCGCACCCAGCCUGGGACGCCCGACGCCGCAGCGGGGCCCCUCUCCUACUCUAAGGAGACGGCCAACCCAUCCGAUACGCAGUGGCAGCUGGACAAGUGGCUGGGGAAGGUCCAGCGAAAGCGGGACUCAACAGAACACGACCCGGGAGGAAGAGGCUCCCCUCCUCCCCUCCACGACACUGCCACCGGGGCCAACGGCCCCAGGUCCCCAGACUCCGAACGCGGGCCUUCUCCGGCCCGGUUCGCCUGGGACCACCACAGCUUCAGCCCGGGAGAGAUCCCUGCGCCGCCCAGCCCUCGGUUUGACUACAGCCCCAGGCACAGGCACAGUCCGUCACGGGGCAGUCCAGCCUACAGCCCGUGCCCCAGUCCUGGUCGCAGCCCCGCACCUCCGAGCCCCGUGCCCAGUGAAUGCCUGAGCCCCAGCCCUGUGCGAACCCACGCCCCACCUAGGAGCCCCAGUCCAGACUUACCCCCUGUGCCUCCACCCUUGGGACCUGGUCAGUACACUGGACUUCCUUCACAUCCUCCUGCAACUCAUCAACAACCCUAUCACCAGCAGGACAACCAUAGGCCACCUCCUCAGACCUGCUCCAGUCCGGUUCACAAGCCCAGAAUCAGGCCCUGGGUUCCCGCUCAGCAACAGCAGCAUCAUCAUCCAUCUCAGCAACAGCAGAAUCAGCAUCACCCUGGUGACACCACCACCAGCCACCGCAGGCCCAGGACAAGCCCCAGUGACCACCUGUCCCAUAGCAACUCUUCAUGCACCACUGGCACCCCCGUCGUCACCAAAGCCCAGCAUAAGCAGCAGUUCUCCAAGUCCACCAAGGACCAAGGCCUGGAGGUCAGUAGAGCCAAUCACCUCAGGCCCAGUCCAGUACCACCCACACAAAGCAGCAGUCCCAGAAUACCAGGCCAGCCUGGUCUGAGAGCCGGGUCUGGUGAAAAGUCCACCAGAACCAAGCAUUUGUCCUCUUCGUCAACAGAGAGGAACCACAGACUGAGCUCUGAUCGCAAACCUGGGGACGAUACUACUCUCCAGAAAUCCAGUGAAAAUACCCACAAAGCCAGUGAACAUAGCCAUAGCCAGACAUUGAAUGACCAUAGCCAAAAAAUUAUCAACAACAACCAAAAAUUCAACAGCGAAUAUAACCAAAAAUCUAGCUGUCACGUCCAAAAAUCCAACAGCCCUACCCUAAGACCCAAUCAGGAAAAUAUCCAUAUCCACAAAUCCAGCGAACAUAGUCACAAGUCCGGUGAGCGGAAGCAAAGACAGAGCCAAGAUAAGGACCCCAGUGCCCCCAAUCGUAAGCACCAGACCCAUCCUCACUGGUUACCAGGCUCGAGUCGCAGUCCUACUCCCAAAGCCAAGCACCCCUCCUCAGCUUCAUCCUCUUCUGCUGAGCGCAGUGUCACCAAAGCCCACAACAGCGACAGCAAACACAACAGCAAAGCCAGUUCUGGGUCUACCUCCAGACCUGCUGCCCCAUCGUUCGGAUCCAACCCUAAGCGAGCCUCAAGCCCCAGCCCCAACCCCGGCCCCAAAACCCAGGCCAAGGCCAGGGAGGUUCCCCCUCACCAGGUGCCUCCUCAUUCGUCCGGUACCUCCAGACCUCCAGGCAGGGAGGCCAGGCACAGGGAGAGGGAGAGGGACAGGGGGAGGGAGCAGGAGGUGGCUGGGUACAGAGAGGCUCGUUCGGGACACCAACAGCAGCCUCAGCAGCAGCAGCAGCCUCAGGGGGUGAGGGGGCAGGGGAGACUGGCGGAGGAGCAGCUCCUGCAACGCCGCUGGGUCCAGAGCUCGGACGAGGAAGAGGAGGAGAGGCAGAGGCAGAGGCCGAGGCCGCGGGAGGAAGAGGGGGAAGAGGAGGUGUGGCACGACAGGAGACGGCCGCAGCACCAGCGACAAGGGGAGGAAGAGCAGGAGGACGGAGGAGGAGAGCGAGCGGAGAGGAGGAAGAAAAAGAAAAAGAGGAGAGAGGGAGAGUGGCGGAACGGCGAAUGGCUGGCCGUGCAGCCGAAGCAGAGGCCGCACACCAACAGCCGACGACACCCCCACGAGAGCCACCACCAGUCCCAUCCCCCGCCACCACAAGACCAGGAGGGCGGCAGCUACACUGAGGACCGGGAAGAGAGGAAGAAAAAGAGGCAGAAGUGGAGUAGAGGGGGUAGUGGAGACGAAGAAUCGCAAGAUCGCCACACCCGGGAAUCCAACGCUCGCCGUCCCUCCUCCUCUCCUCCUCCUCCUCCUCCUCCUCCUCCUCCGCCCUCCCACACUCCUACUCCAGUCAUCCUGUCCUCAGCGCCUUCCUCCUCCUCCACGUCCUCCUCUUCCUCCUCCACUUCCUCUUCCUCUGACUCGGAAUCGGAACCUGAGCUCAACGGCCAGUCGGCAUCGGCAGCGGUAGCAGCAGCCACAGCAGCAGCAUCCAGGAACGUCGCAAAAGUCCGUGCGGACUCCACGUCGCGUCAGCGAGCGGCCGCCAAAAAGGACCGUCAUAGGGCCCCCGAACAAAGGCUACCAGGGCAGCCCCCAGUGGUCCACCAAGGGAGACCGGGCGUAAGCGACCCAGCCGAAGGACCUCAGGGUCGGGCGAGGCACAAACUCUACACCCUGGUUCCGUUCGGCCGCAGCGAAAAGUGCACCUCGGCUAACAGCCGGGGUUUGAAGAACCUGUUGGUGAGGAUUGACCUCUCGCUGCUCUCCAGAGUUCCGCAGAGCUCUGUAGAACCUCAGCAGCGGAGAACCUCCUCUUCCUCAUCCUCGUCUUCCUCAUCUUCAUCCAAAGCCAAAGAGAAGGAGAAGGCAGCCAUGAGGCACCUCUACCACCCUGAGCAGGACCCAGCAGAGUCCCGAAGGAAGCGCAAGGCUGAGAAUGGACUUGGCCACAGGGAGGGCAAGAGGAGCCACACGCUGCCCCAUGCUGAGCCUUCCUCUGGCCCCUCUCAGCCCCACGCUGCCACCCGAGACCUCCAGGACCCCUUCCUCAGCUACAGAGCCAACGGGUAUGCAGAGGACUACCUGGACUGUCAUAAGAGGCCUCCCCUGUCCCCCCUCUCGCCUCUCUCAGACUCCCCUGAGCCUCCCAAGCCCACUGUGAAGAUCCAGGACUCGGAUCCGUACUACCCAGACAUGGGAAGCCACAAGAGCCAGAUGCGGAAGACUCAGCCGAAGGUGGAGACGGAGUCGGUGGGAGUGUCAGGGGUCCCUCAGGUAUCCUGCGAGACGUGGGCCCCUGGGGCCAACCCUACCAUACGACACAGAGGGACAGUGCCAUAUACUGACGUCUCCCAGCAUGCUGAAUACUACAUGCAUGAGGCCAAGAGGAUGAAGCACAGGGCAGAUGCCAUGGUGGAUAAGCUGGGUAAGGCAGUGAAUUACGUGGAUGCUGCCCUGUCCUUUAUGGAGUGUGGCAAAGCCAUGGAGGAGGGCCCCCUGGAGGCCAAAUCCCCAUACGCCAUGUACGCAGAGACUGUGGACCUCAUACGCUAUGCCAUGCGACUGAAGAGCCACUCUGGCCCAGGGGCCACGCAGGAGGACAAGCAGCUGGCUGUGCUUUGUUUCCGUUGCCUGGCUCUCCUGUACUGGCAGAUGUUCCGCCUAAAGAAGGACCACGCCCUGAAAUACUCCAAAGCCCUGCUCGACUACUUCAAGAGUUCUCCUAAGGUCCCUCACAACUCAAGCUCGGGAGGUGAUUCUCUAAAGACCUCUAUGCUUCCGUCCCCAACGCGAGCCCCACUGGGAGGGGGAGGCAGCCAUGGUGGCGGGGGCGCGGGCGUGGGAGGGGGCAACUCUUCCUCCUCCUCCACCUCUCCCUUCGUCACCAUUCCCCAACGCAUCCACCAGAUGGCAGCAAACCACCUCAACAUCACCAACAGUGUGCUGUACAGCUACGAGUACUGGGAAGUGGCCGACAAUCUGGCCAAGGAAAACAAGGAGUUCUUCAACUACCUGAACAACCUCACAGGCCCCCUGACCCUCCACAGCAGCAUGGGCCACAUCGUCCAGUACACUCGCCAGGGCCUACAGUGGAUACGCAUCAGCGCUAACUUGUCUUAGCAUCCGACAUCAGCGCCGCCAAACCUGUCACACCACCCUAUGUCCCCCCCGGGAUCUACAGUGGAUCAUAGCUGCCACUUUGACCUACUACCCCGAGUUGUCCUGUUACCCUGUCCUACUAAGGGAAAUGGAUACCCGUGAACACCAACCCAUCUUAGCAUCCAUUUCAGUGCUAAACUUGUCUAAGCACCACCAAGUCCCACGGCCUUCAGUGGAUACUCAUCAGUGCUAAACUGUCCAGCCACCAAGCGAAUGGGAUCAUCUCAAUAUGUGUAAAGUUGCUUCUAUUCCUCUGGCCUCAACACAUUGGUGUUAGACUCAGCUAUGUGAAGUAAACAAAGAAGAAAUGGAGGGAGGAUGGAGGAAUGUGACCAUGUGAAGGCCCACUCCCUCCUCCACCCGUGGCGUUAGACAUUUUCGUGAUUGGAGAGGAAGCAAUUGGAGGAUAGAUAUUGAGACCUAAGUGCAUCAUUGGCUUCAACUGACUGGAAAACGGGCAACCCCUGCUUGAUCCUUGUAUUUACGACUUGGAUUAGCUCCAACCAUAGACUGUAAACGGUGGCUCAAACUUAGUAUGCAGAAUUCUAGAAUGCUUUGUGAGCUUCCGUUCACUUUAAAUGGGCCUUCCCAACGUGCAGAGGUGAUCAUCUCCUAGCACCCAGCCUUAUGACAUGAAUGGACAAUGCAAUGAACUCCAACUUGUCUUAGCAUCCUGCCCUGGUGGCUGUAGUACCGGUACACCCAUUUUGGGCUAAUCUGUUUUGGUAUCCAGUUUUCCCCCCACAUCUUUUUUUUUCUUUUUUUUACUAGUUUCCCCUUUUUAAUCCAAGAACUGUGGCCUGAGGGGAUAUUCCUAGAAGUCCUGUCUUUAUCCACUGCCAAACAACACAUCAGACACGGAGAAGCAGAAGGGCCGAACGGGAUGGGGAUGGCCUAUUGCCGUCUUCUCACUGCCAAAUUUUUCCCUAGCCUUCUCUCCUCCCAGACAACUGCUUUUUGCCUUCCUCUGACUUGACUGAUCUGCACUUAUCACAGGAUGGGAGCCCUAGUCUUUUAGCAACCAAUGAAAUCUGACGCAAGGCCAGUUUCUUAAAGCUCCAUGUUUGUUGUAAAGUCUGCAGUCUGCCAGUGUGCUCAGGCCCCAGAGCCAAGGCCAAGUUUUGCCAAAGUCUCUCUCUCUCUCUCUCUCUCUCUCUCUCUCUCUCUCUCUCUCUCUCUCUCUCUCUCUCUCUCUCCAUUCCUCUAUCUCAACAGCCAUUUUCUCUAUAUACGCGUCCCCUCUCUUCCUCUGCCUUUCUCAUUCACCCAAGAAACAGCCCCUAAAUCAGGAUCACAGACGCUGCCUCAUAAGUCACACUCCACUGCCUGCUUAUUCAGCCAAAGGCCUUCACAAGGAGCUCCAGCGCUGCCUCUCCUGGAUCCCUUUAGCGCCCCAGAAGGGCAAACAGCACCCUGUGCAGCUAUAGGCACAGCAUACACAGUGUAGACAGUGCUACAGUCCUCUGUUACACACAAAAAAACUGCUUUUUCAGGAAUAACUGUUUACUGUGAUCACCAUGUCGUGCAGAGGGGGGAGAUGAGACACAACAACAGGACUCAAGAGACUGCAGCACUUCCCCUCGAUA